UGUAUUGUUGCUCCGUGUCUCUCUGCAGUCGGACCGUUUUCCUUCUUCCUCCGUCUGAAGGACCAUGUCCUCGUCCCGCAGCCUGGACUCCCCCUGCCCCUCUUCAGGGCCACUGCCUGACAAGGUUCUCUGAAGUUUGAGGACAGAGCGCCCUCUGCUGGACUUCUCCUGCAGCAGCAGGCCAUGGCUGAACCCGGCUACUCAGACCUGAUUUCCCAACACUACAACUACACCGGUAAGUUCCGCAAGACGGAGCAGGACUCAGGGUUGAAGGCCGACUCUGUGGUCUUCAUCAUCGUGUGCUGCUUCAUCAUCCUGGAGAACAUCCUGGUCCUGACAACCAUCUGGAGAACCAAGAAGUUUCACAAGCCCAUGUAUUACUUCAUCGGGAACCUGGCCCUGUCCGACCUGCUGGCCGGCGUCGUCUACACCGCCAACAUCCUGCUGUCAGGCGCCAACACCUACAAGCUGUCGCCAACGCAGUGGUUCUUCAGAGAGGGCAGCAUGUUCGUGGCGCUGGCGGCGUCCGUCUUCAGCCUGCUUGCCAUCGCCAUCGAGCGCCACCUCACAAUGCUGAAGAUGAAGCUGCACAACAAUGGCAACACCUGCCGGGUCUUCCUGCUCAUCAGCACCGUGUGGAUGAUCGCGGCGGUGCUGGGCGGCCUGCCGGUGAUGGGCUGGAACUGCAUCCAGAGCAUGACACAGUGCUCCACCGUGCUGCCGCUCUACCACAAGACCUACAUCCUGUUCUGCACCACAGUGUUCAGUAUCAUCCUCAUGGCCAUCGUGGUGCUCUAUGCUCGCAUCUAUGCACUGGUGCGGACACGUAGCCGCACACUUGUCUUCCGCAAAGUGUCCAACGGACGCAGCAACGCCACUGCCAACAGCAAGAGUUCAGAGAAGUCGCUGGCGCUGCUGAAGACCGUCAUCAUCGUCCUGAGCGGCUUCAUUGCCUGUUGGUCGCCGCUCUUCGUCCUCCUGAUGCUGGACGUGGCCUGCGAGACGCUCAGCUGCCCCAUUCUCUACAAGGCUGAGUGGUUCCUGGCGCUCGCUGUCCUUAACUCCGCCAUGAACCCUCUCAUCUACACGCUGACCAGCAACGAGAUGCGCCGCGCAUUCCUCAAAACGCUGCUGUGCUGCACCUCCUGCCUCCGGCCCCACACCCGGCUCACCGGGCCCAGCAUGGGCGCCGAGUUCAGCCGCAGCAAAUCCGACAAUUCCUCCCACCCCAACAAGGAGGAGGUGGAGUACUCGCCGAGGGAGAUCACGGUGGCGUCCUUGGGGAAUGUCCCCUCAUCUUCCUAAACAUCAGAAUGCGAGACAGGAAACAGGUGUGAAGGUCACCAGCAGCGUCCUCACAAACAAAUCAGCUGAUCAGGACACACAGCACUUAUGAAAACGAUCAAACUGGUGAAACUGGAACCAGUGAAUGUUCACAGGCUGCAACCUGCCGCUACUCCUCAGUUCACCGGAACUCACCUGGUGAACGUGGAUCAUGAGGGUCCAGGUUCUGUUCAUGUUACUGAUCCUCAUAGAAGAAGAACCAGACGUUAUACUGACACCCUAAGAUCAGAUAGAAUCUGUAGAACAUAAAUAUCCACAAAUAUAUAAGAACAGAUUAAUCAUGGAAACGUGUUUCCUCCACUUCCUGUUAAAGAUCAACAACACGUCACAUGUGGAACCAGACGAGUCAGACAUCAGGUGAUUUUCAUCUUCAGAUUCAAACGUCUCCACUCACGGUUUCCUGUCCAAGUUUGUUCAGAAAGUUCAACUGAAAAUAAUUCACUCGUUCAUUCAUAACAUUUAAACUGAGCAUGUAUGUCAGCUGUGAUGUCAUGUGACCACAUACAAGUCAGACAUGACGUCCACGUGUUGUUUGAGUUAAAUCUGACGUCAGAACCGGAUUCACGUGAGAAUCACCUGGACUCUUCUCACCUGUUUGUCACGUGACUGUAAAAAUUAACUGUUAGAAAAAGUUGGUGAAAAAGUUUUCCACUCGAUGUUUGUCGUCAUGUUUAGCGUCGUCUGUGUAGUCGAUUAAUUUAUAUCUCAAAAAGAUUCUGUCACAAAAUGAAAAGACAUUUUUUUCUGUUCAGGUUUGUUCAUUCGAUCAGAACCACAGAAGCUCAUUUCUGUCAAAUGAAUGAGAAAACUAUAAAUGUAGAAUAAUACAAAUGCAAUGAGAAAAUAAUUGAACUGAGAUCCAUGUUCAUUUUAAAAUUCAAUAAAAAGUAAAUGCUCUGGAUGAAUAUUUGGAGGUUAUCACUUAUUCCCUCAAACACCAGAAUCCUUCACACUUUUCCUCUUUGUGAACUUCAGCUCAGAACCUGAUGGAUACUCUUCAUGUUCUAAGAAUCUGAUCAUUUCAUAAUCCUCUUAUGAACUUUGACCUCAAUGAGCUUCUGUCCAGAUCAAUGCUGUUACCAUGGUGACCACCUUGUUCAAUUAAUCCAUUAAUGUUGUGCGUUUGUUGUGAAACUGUGUGAGUCUGUGAGCACUGUGUAACUCUGUUAAUGUUAAUAAAGACAUAAAACCAG